AUGAAUCCCCCUAUCAUACAGAUUCCGUGUACCGGUUCGUGCAACGGUCUCACCGCUAUUCGCGCGGUCUCGUCGUAGUUGCGGAAAAGACCUUCGCUCAUUUCGCUCGCGUUGCCCGAAGAGCAUUGUCCCACGAGGUCGAACAGCAUCGCACAUCUGUCUCGCAUAUUACGACGCAGCACGUGCGACCAACGUAUAUACACAACAAGAAUAGCGAUGGUCCGGACGCUAUUUUUCCUCGGCACAGCGUUUUUCGCGUUCGCCAAAAUUCACGCUGCUCCGACGAGGUACGAUCAACGGCAGGAUGGCGAUUUCAACUUGCACACCAAGUUCGAGAACAUCCUCUUCGUUGUGGUCUUCCCUAGUAACGCCGAGAAAAUCACCAAUGCAGCGUGGAACGCCCUCGACUCUGUGAUAUCUCGAUCAAAGGACCAAGGAUUGAUCAAAGCCGAUGAGGAACCCUUUUCCGUGGAAAUUAUAAAUGUGAAUCAUCCGAAUAAGGAGAGCUCGGUGCGAAAAGCGGAGGGAGGAGAAUUGGAGACAUCGAACGUUUCGGAUCAGCAACCAACGUCCGUCGAAGACAAAGCUGACAGAAUCGCGAGAAAUGUGAAGAACUUCGACUUCCCGAAGAGCCGUGAGGUGCCGACUGUUCCCGGAUACUUCGUGAACGUGAGGAAGACACCCGCGCUCAAGAUGGGAAACGGCGGUCGAGCUCGAAACGUGGUCGGGAACGUUUGGAAUCCAGACGACGAGCCGGGACAACUGGAAACGUCGUUGAAGAAGCAGCUGCCUCAAAGAGAAGAGAACGUCGCGAGCCAGUCCUCAGAAAGCGUUGACAAGAACGACGUGUCCCUGGUCGCCGAGGAGAAACAGCAGGAACUGAGACUACUGGGUGACAGCAUUGAGAACUGCGGUCCAGGAAGACAUCGUGACGCGUCUGGCAUCUGUCAAUCGGACGGGUCGACCGCUUCUCUCCUUUAGCUUUAAGUCCCCACGGUUGUAGUUCUUAAAUAUCAAAAUGUACUAGUUAUUCUCAUGCGAUAUUUUAUUCUUCAUUUAGCUUAAAUCUUAUAUCAGAUCUAUUACUUUUAUUGAUUGGAAAGCAUCGUUUCUUCUGCUUAUUAAAGCAAGAGCCAUACAAGAUAAAAUGCGAGGAGUAAUUAUUUUAUUAAUUUAGCAUUUAAAACGCGCUGAAUGCGAGAUGAUUAUCGUUUCAUAUAAAGUGUACAUGUUGUGAAGAUUUAUACUGCGUGUGUAUCUAUUAAACCAUUUGAUCAAUAAAAUACUUAAACAGCAA